AUGGCAGACAUCAAUGACCCCGUGCUGGCCAAGCCAGCUGACUUGUGCUGUCUCAAAGGUGACUUUCACAGGGGUGAGCCCACAGGAAGCAUCAUCCAGAUUGAAGGAGUCGAUACAUACGUCGCCAAACCCAACCCUAAGUUCACCAACGGGAAUAUAUUGUUAUUCUUCCCGGAUGCCUUCGGGCUGCAUAUCAACAGCAAGUUGAUGAUGGAUGCCUACGCUGCUUGUGGAUAUCUUACACUCGGUGUCGACUACUUUCUCGGAGAUGCGGUGACAAAGUAUAGCGCUUCACCGCUGAACGACCCAAACUUUGACCUGGCGGCUUGGUCCGCCAAACACCUUAUUCCCUCGGAGGAGAUUGCCCGCGAGUGGGUAAAGAACAUCAAGGCCAAGUACGGCAAUGACGGCAAGGUCGAGUUUGGCUGCAUAGGAUACUGCUGGGGCGCACGAAUUGUGUUACAGCAAUUGUCUGAUGGCGGCAUCUGCUCUGCCGGAGCCAUUGCCCACCCAUCUUUUGUGAACGAGAGUCAUGUGCAGAAGUCAAAGGCUCCCGUUGCUUUCUCUGUUCCGGCCACUGACAAGCUCUUCUCAAAUGAGGCUCGCACAAGAGUGAUCGAGAUAUGCACAGAGAAGCAGCAACGGUUCAACAUGCAAGUCUUCUCACACGUCGGUCACGGCUUUGCGUCACGAACGCGUCUGACGGACCCUUACGAGCUGUGGGCCAAGGAGCAGCAUUUCAAGGGAUUCAUUGAGUGGCUCGACUUUUGGCUUGCUCAGGAAUGA